AUGACUACAUCAAUCUUUCGUCCUCCCUACCCAGAGUUUCAUGAUCAAGUCCACGACUUUCCUCUCAAGUCAGUCUCCCUAGAGGCCCUAGUUCAAAAGAAGGCCGCAGGAAGACGGAAGAGGUAUGCGGGCGUCCAAGUCUGGGGAACGCCCAAGAAGAUGACGAGCUCAAGGUCGAAAGAGCCUGUCACCGUCACCUGGAUCGUGGAUCCCACUCAAGACGAGCGAUACGAGCCCGACGGCCCACAAAUCGCUACCACGGAGGAAAUUUGCAGGGAGGAAGCCGACAGAUUGGGGUUGAAGUACGUUGUCAUCAGGGGGGCAGCGCACGAGACCAAAAACAUUUACGUUGACGGACGGACAGUCACCGUUUGGGACGCGUCGACUGGACGCUACCAAAAUAUGCAGAGGGAGGCCGACUCUCAUUUCACUAUCUAUAUGGGCCGGAGCAAGACCGAGCUCUUGCUCCAGGGCCACAUAUAUGUGGUUUGGGACUCCCAAAAGUUCGGUGGGUUGGACAAGAUGACCGACCCAGUCAACCAGAGGAAGCACGUCAGUGCUGAAGAUGGUGAGCGACCAGUUUCUCACGAGUACUGGUCUCUGACCAAGGAUCCUCUGCCAGCCAAAUCUGGCUGA